GCCUUCCGUGCAAAAGCUCAUUCAUGGACCAUCGAAAAGACUUGCAAUGCCCACAAUGCCAAAGUACGGAAGCCUAUGAAGAGCACGCCACUGGGGAAACUGUCUGUCAUGUCUGUGGCCAUGUCUUUGAAGAUGGCAUCAUCUAUACAGAAUUAUCGACUACGGACACAUCUGGGGAGCCUCAAAAGCAGCCUUAUAGCCAGGGUACGGUUCGGGUUAAUAGAACUGGCCAAACAUAUGGUUUUCUUUCGGACUCUGCCCAACAUCAUCUCGGAGGCUAUGGUUAUGGAUCUUUUACGCAAGAUCGACGUCGACUUUAUCGUGCAAAAAGAUACGCUCAGAUCAAAACAUAUCUCUCGUUUGUAACGCGCCAGUGCGAAUUGUCAGAAGCUCAUAUCAACAGAGCAUUUUUUUUAUGGAAGCAAGUCAUGGCACUGAUGCAGCUAAAAUUCUGGACACGAGCAGCUCAAGGCGCGCUCGCUUGUCUGUACUUGGCUGUCAAGGAAGCCAAAAAGGGCAUCUCGCUGGUCGAGAUUGCUGUCAAGGCAGAGGAAUCGCCUUACAAGGUUGGAGCACUAUAUAAGGCCAUCAAGGGCAUUCUCUUGGAAAAUAGCAUUCUAGAAGCUGGUAACGCCUGUUUCAAUCUAGAGAAUGAUCCCUGGUUGAUGCUGCAAAGAAUCAUGAGCAUCGGCACAACUGACUCGAUCCAACGUGGUGACAUGGAGAACUUGAGUCAGGAAUUUCAGGACGUGUUGGGCGUGCACAGAAAGCCCGAGAUGAAGAGAGCUUGUUUGCGAACUUUAUUGGCAGCGGCCCAAAAAUGCAUGACAAUCGCUACAGAUUCUGGUCUGGCAACUGGGCGUCCUAUUCCUGCACUAGUUGCAGCCUGUUUGAUCAUUGCAAUCGAAGUACGUCUCAUGGCCCCGAAAUGUCCUGAAGAGCUAUUUCAUUUUGCGGCUAUGUUAUUCAGCACGUCACAUUUUGCAGUUAUGGCGCGAUACAAAGAAGUGAGACAAUGUAUGCUCAUCUGGGCACGUCGACUGCCAUUUGUUGACAAGACUGACAAGAUUAAGGACGCCAAGCUUGUGUUUUAUAUGGAAGAUGUCCUCAAGUAUUUUGGUCAUUUGCAAGAACAAAAUAAAAGGGUAUGGGCUGCGUUGGAUCAUCAAGAGGGCAGCGAGGAGAGAGAUGAUGACGAAGAUCGAGUGGGCCCUGGGGAAAAUUUCAUAGCAGAGGAUUUAAGAUUGGAGCAGCAAGACAAUAGCCUUUGGACUCUUGAUGACGAGGAUAUGGAUGGUGAUAAAGGAGUACCAAGUCUUAGUUUGAACAAUGGUCAGCUGCGAGCAGCGACAGAGAGGCCUGCAGAAGCUCCUCUCCAGCACAAUUCAACUCUAUUAACAGAAGCAGCAAUGCUGCGGGCCCUUCCUCCCGCAUUUGUUAGCAGCGUAGAGCGUAGGAAUAAGCGAAUGCAAGAGAUUCAUGCGGCAAAACUACUGGUUAGCAGAGCCUCAUUAACAUCGUUCUCAUCAUUGUCUUCGCCGCCUUUAUCAUCAAUAUCGCCUCAUGGCGAUCAAAAAAGUACGCAGGAUCUACCUUCACGUCGAAAUCGGUUUCAAGAGCGUUUGAAGAAGCAACGAAUAGAAUGGAUUCAGUUGCUACUCGAACAUGGCUCACGAACUGAACAGGAACUUUUGGAAGCAACAGAUAACACUCUUGCCUAUUGGGUGAGCUCUAUUAGCAAUCGAAAUUAUAAUCCCCCACGGACCCAUGAGCAACUGAACUCGGAGCAGCUAACAUCCGAGGAUCUGGAUGAAGCUGAGUUCGAGCAAUAUUUGAGACCACGCUCGGAUGCAAGUGCAGUGCUACGGGUUAUGAGUAACAUAUAUGAUGAAGCAGAAAAAGCAAAGCAGAGAGGAAUCAUGCGACAAGAAGGGAAAGAGGCACGAUCUAAGCGACGUGAGUUUCAGCGCCAGCAACAACAACAGCGUCAAUGCCAGCAGGUGCAGUUAGGAAUAAAAGCGACUGGAAAAAGAAAAUUUAUACCAUUGCCUCCAUCCAAAAAGAGAUUACGAUCGUGGAAGAUUAACUUGGAGGCUUUGAGCGACCAAGAAGACGUUGAUGGAGAUAGUAGUAGGACCCGAAGAAAGGACAAGGAAUACGAAUCCAUUGGAGGAAAGAUUGAUGAAGAAGGAAAAGGAGGAAAGGAGCAAGAUCAGGAUUUGAAAAAUGAUCUGAAAGAAAAGAUUUUCGAACACGAUGAUGGAGACAGAUUCAGCGAGGAACAUUGCGAUUAUGAUGCUUGUGAUGAUUACCAAGACUAUGAGGAGUAUGAUUAGAUAUAUGACGUUGUGAUAUAAAGACACAAUUCUUAGAACAUUAAAUGGGUCAGUUUGCCCAAGUUAUG